UGAAAAGAUGAAUAAAAUUAUAAGUUUUUUUGCCAUAUCCACCCCUACUUUGCUAGUUAAGUGAUCAUAAUAUUUCUUCUCCGAAAUCAUGAUAGCCCUAGGGUUUCCUAAAUCAAGGUGCCCGGAAGCUCCUCAGUCCUCACAUAUGUCGUCUCUAUUACUUACCGUACCAUAGCUGCAGUUUUCCACUAGGAUCAUAAUUGAGUCCUUUUACAUUUGAGAGAGAAACAUAUGGUUUUGAUCGGUGAGGGCCCUACGGAUCAGAGGUUGCCUCCCGGAUUUAGAUUCCACCCGACUGACGAGGAGUUGGUUCUGUACUACCUGAAGAGAAAAGUCUGCCGCCGACGGCUUCUUCUUGAUGUCAUCGGCGAGACUGACGUCUACAAAUGGGAUCCGGAGGACCUUCCUGAGCUGUCUAAGUUAAAGACUGGUGACAGACAGUGGUUCUUCUUUAGCCCCAGGGACAGAAAGCACCCAAACAGUAGCAGAACAAAUAGAGCCACUGAGCAUGGCUACUGGAAAGUGACAGGGAAGGACCGCACUAUCACCUGUAAUUCCCGUGAUGUUGGCAUUAAGAAAACGCUAGUUUUUUAUAAAGGCCGUUCACCUAAAGGUGAAAGAACAGAUUGGGUGAUGCAUGAGUAUACCCUGGAUGAAGUGGAGUUGAGAAGAUGCCAAUCCUCACAGGAUUACUAUGUACUGUACAAGGUAUUUAAAAAGAGCGGUCCUGGUCCAAAAAACGGCGAAGAAUAUGGUGCACCGUUUAAGGAGGAGGACUGGGCUGAUGAUGAAUGCUUGCAAGCUGUAACUAUUCAUGUUGAACAGGAUAAGUCUCCCGAAAAGGUUAAUGAUGAUGGGCUGCCCGUGGUAGACGAUCUUGAAGAACUCCUUAAUCGUUUAGCGGGUGAGCCUCCACUAACAGAAUUGAAUUAUUUAACAGAGAACACAUCAAGUGAUAUGACACAUUCAGGUGCACUCAAGACGCUCCUACCUGAGGUCACGGUUGGUCCAGUUACCAAUGAAGGGGGGAAGGCUCAAGUAGUGGAAGAGGUUUUUCUUGAAGAUUCCUUGGAGGUGAAUGAUCUUGAUGGUCUAAGGCCCACAGGUGUCCAGAGUAUGGCAAUUCAACCAUUUGUUUCUGUAGAUGGAUAUAACGAACUCGACAUUUACCAAGAUGCGUGUAUGUUUCUUCAUGAUAUGGGGGCUACUGGAGAGGACCGGGUUAGUGGAAGAAGUGCAUAUCAUGUGACUAAUGAAAUUACUAGCUCACACUUCACCGAUUCUAGUGAUUUUCAUCCAAUGGGGAUUAAUCCACAAUUACAUAUAAACGCUGGUAAUGAUUUCAACAACCAGCCGUGGAGUCAUGAACUAAGUUGUGGGAUGAUCAACUCCAUUGAAGCAAAGCAGUGCACCAUCCUCCCAAUGACAUCAGGUGUGGUAUAUGGUACUCAUUUGGAAAGUCAUGCUGUGGGUGCAAAUUUGAGCCAGAAUACUACUACUCCUGCUACUACUCCUACUACUACACAGGGUGAUACUACUACUACUACCACACAGGAUGAUGCUUCAAAGCACUCCAGCUUCUCAUCUGCUCUAUGGGCAUUUAUGGAAUCUAUACCAACUACUCAUGCUUCAGCUGCAGAAAGUGAUCCGGCGAGCAAGGCCUUCGAGCUAGUGCCUAGCUUCCAAAGACUCAGACUGAAUGCCAUUAAUAUUGCUGCAGCAGUUAGCAAUGCAUCAGCAGUUUCAGAAAGAUGUUGCGCUGUCAGUUACAAUAAUGGAUUUUGUAGGUUAUUUUGCUUUUCUCUACUUGGAGUGUGCUGUGCUAUCUUAUGGAUGAUAUUUGUAGCAGCCUCAUAGUCCAUGGGGAUGAUAUUGGUCAAAGUACAUAUUUUGUUCAGUCAUAUGAAGUGUCCUUGAUAUCUUAACGCGCCAUGGUAUGUUUUUAAAUACGGAGUAUGAUGUUACAUUGGACUAUGAGCCAUAGUAUGAGGGAGAUGAUGUGUUUUCAAGAUAAUAUGAGAUGCCUUCAUCAUUAGCACUCUUUUAAAAUGUUAGGACACAUUUACUUCAAGGAUUACUAAACGGUGCUCA